CAAGUUUUAGCAUGCAUGUUUUACUACAAAGCAAGGGAGGGCGUGAGUGGAAAGUAGGAAACAGAACAUGAUCUUGCUCAGCAGGAAUUUACUCUUAACAAGCACCAGAGAACAGUGGAGAAAACAAUUCUACAUACAGUGGAAAGUCAUCAGGAAAGACUAAGAAGUUCUAUUGUAUGACAUCUUGAUUCUUUCCUCCACACCCUGUGUUCCCUGCAGUACAGUACAGUACAAUACAGCCUUUUUGUGAGUUGCUAACACAAGUUUACUCUUCUUGCUUCAGUGCUUUCUUUCAGAAGAAGAAGAGAACAAAAAUGGGGUGCAGAAGAAAAGUGCUUCUUGCUGCAAUAAUUUUCAUGCUUGUCUGCUAUAAAGUGGCCGCAAAGGAUACAAGAUUACUGGAUGUCCAAAAGACCACAGAUGUUGUAGAUGACCAGUACAAAGGAUGUCGUGAAGAGGCCAUGAAGAAGUUCAUCGAGUCAGACGUGUUAAAAAAAGAACUAAACAACAGUGAAGGAUUUCAGAAAGCGUGGAAUAAAAGUAUUGAGUGUUCAAAGCAGAUCCCUGGAGGAAGAAAAGAGCAUACUGCUGCACUUUCAGUCUAUCUUAAAGGAGACCGGCCUUUCAUACUAACACUGAACAAAGCAAUAGAGACAAUGGGUGGAAAUGUUAACAUCUAUAAAAACCGAUUCCAAUUCAAGUCUCUUCAUUUCCUGCUGAUGGACUCCAUGAGGCUGCUGAAGCCAAAGGAGUGCAAGAACUUUUAUGUUUUUCGAGAUGGUCAAAACAAACCACAGAAAGGCUCCACAGUGAGAUUUACAAGUUUCACUUUAGCUUAUUCAAACUAUGAAGAGCUAAAGAGACUUGAAGAUGUCAAUGAGAAUACUAUUUUAAAUCUCACUUCUUGCUUCUUUGUCAACCUGAAAGACUAUGUUUGCGGUCAAGAACAGGAUGAAAUACUCUUAUCUCCAGCAGAAGUUUUCACUGUGCAACGAGUGAAAACAAAAACUACAUCGGAUGGUGACGAAUACCUUGAGAUUGUUUUAAACCACUCAGGACUGAACAGCUCACACAACUGUUACAUGUUUUCACGGUCUCCUCCAGCUGCUGUCUCCACCCUGUGGCUUGUAUCAGUGCUUGCGGCCUCAUCUUUGUUUUCUUUAACUGCUUAGUAAGAACAGUUUCCUGAGUGUUAUCAUCUACAGUACUGCUUUGUUUAUUCAUUUUACAAUUUGUUGGCACUUUAUUUGGCAGAUUGUAGUAUCUAUCAAAUAAAGUUUUAAAGUAGGCUGCCAAAAUAUUAUCAAAUAUUCUUUUCUGCUUGUCAUAUGUUAUGAAUUACAGACCCAAUUCACAUAUAUUAUUUAUGCAUGUGUUUAUUAUUUCUUGUACUUGUGUACUUUAAAAGAAUGAAAACAAAUGAGAGAUGGGAAUUACUUGCAGCUGUUCCAGGCUAAAUUGAGACUGAGUAUUGUGGAGCUUUAACUCCUCACAGGAGGAGUGUUUCCAGGAUUUUUUUUAUGGGCUGUCACGAGAGGACUAAAAACAAGGCAGAGUGGCACAUAGAAAAUCCAAAUAAUUGAGAAAUUUAGUUUUUAGGUUCAGAAAUUUGGUGUGGACCAUGCUGGGUUAAAUUUUCAGGCUCAUGUGAAGCCACAGCCAAUGUCACAUGUAAAUAACCUGUGAGUCUGACGGAUGAACUGAAUCUUUGAACCAAAAAAUAGAAUUUAGAAUCUUAGGUAUCAGUUUUCUCUCUUUCGUUAAUUAAUCUGUGAACUCAUCCAUUUUUACAUUUUUGUCAGUGAACAUUUUCUAAGUUGAAUACUGUUUACAACUUCCUUCAGUGUGUAUAUAUCUGUAAAUUACUAGCUCACAAGUUUUAGAAUGCUUUUUUUAGUCGUUACAGUCAGCAAUGCUCUCCCUCUCAAACUGCUUGUAAAGACACCACGCCUCAAGGAUUCCUACUGUUUCCCUAUCAAAUAAACAACAUGCAAAAAUCAAAA